CUGGCCAGCUUAACAAAACCUCCUCCAUCAUGCUCCCCGUCCUGUGCAUCUUUGCUGCUCUCCUUGGCAACGCCAUGGCCGUGUACUUCCCGCCGCAAGGGGUGGCCGUCUACCCCGACGUGCCAGCUGUCCCGACCGUGCAGGCCGCCCCCGUAGCCGUCCUGCAGACUGCCGCCCAGGCGGUGCCAGUGACUCCCACUGUCAAAAGUUCCGCCAUUGUCCACAACGUGGCUACCCCGUAUGGCUACCGCACAACCGGUGUCAGCUACAGCCACAGAGUCGACGCCCACCCAGUGCCCGUCCGCUAUGACUACGGCCUCGUGCCAUACGGCCUGAACUACGGCUACGGGCUGGACUCCUUCGGAUACCCUGCCGUGCUGAAGAAGUGAGACAAGACCAAGCAUUUAAGUGCCAUUCUUCAUCAAGGCCCUUUGACCAGCAACGAAAGCGAGACACUUUCAUGGCUACAGUGCUUGAAGAGAUUAGACAAGUUGAAAUGAAAUAAACGCAUGCAAC